GGCCGGCAAAGCACGACAAAGUACAGGAAAGCACAUCGAAGUAUCAGUACCUCUCGAUAUUUCGUGGCGCGCAAAUAUCACUCUCGAUAACUAAACGAGACACCUCACGAAUAAAGACAAGACGCGAGAGUACUUUCACCCUUUGGUUUUAUAUUUUUGAAGAAGAAAAACAAGAUGACGGUCGCUACUGAGGCUGAGAAUAAUACAACUGUCGCUGAGAAGGAGAAUAAGGAGGUGAAGGAUCUGAAGGCAGCUCUCAACGAGGAGACGCCGUCUGAUAACAAGCAACAGACUGGGGAUGAGACCAAGGACACUGAGAAAACUGAGGGUGAAAAAAAGGACGAGACAACCAAUGACGAUAACACGAGUAAGACAAAUGUACACAAGGUGAAUUUCGAGAAGGAUGUCGUCUACCUUUAUCAACUAUCACGCACACCCCUCAUUCCAUCCAUCUCACCAAAUUGUCUCAAAGUUGAGACCUGGUUGAGACUCAACGACAUCAAGUACGAGAAUGUCGACCAUAAGAUGAAAUUCCGCUCGAAGAAGGGACAGCUGCCAUUUAUUGAGCUUGAUGGCACUGAAAUUGCUGACAGCUCGCUUAUAAUAAAAGAACUCAGUCAGAAAUUCAGGAAAGAGUUGGAUGCCAAUCUCACUAAUGAACAGAAACUCAUCUCCCACGCUAUGACAUCGAUGAUUGAGAAUCAUCUUGUGUGGGUGUACACGUACUGGCGCAGCAAGAAUAUGGAUCAGAUCAUCAAGGGGUAUAAAUUGAAUUUGCAGCACGCCUUUGGAUCGCGUCUGCCAAAUGGCAUUCUCAAUUUUUAUUUCAAGAUUACGUAUGGGCGGAAGAAUCUGAAGAAAGUGAAGGCCAUGGGAAUGGGUGUGCACAGUACUGAGGAGAUUAUUCAGCUGGGGUAUGACGAUCUUAAGGUGCUCUCUGAGCUGUUGGCUGAUAAGCCAUUCUUCUUUGGUGAUGAACCCACCACUCUGGACGUAACAGCUUUUGCCCACCUGGCACAAAUCCUCUACAUCGAAAAGUCAACGACCUUCGCACUGAGGGACUACAUGCAGGAAAAUUGCUCGAAUCUCGUUGGCCUGUGCUCACGCAUGAAGGAGAGGUGUCUCCCCGAUUGGGACGAAAUCUGUAACACUCUGGAUUUAAAUACUCAUUUACCAAAACCACCAAAGGAAGAGGAAAAGGACAGCAAAGGCGAGAAGAAAGAGACAAAGGAGUCCAAGGAGGGAAAAGAGGGUGACAAAGAGAAGGCUGAUGUUGAGGAGAAGGAAGGAGAGAAGGAUAAAGAAGUUGAGGAGAACAAAGAGAAGGAGGAGAGAGUGGAGGAUAAAUAAAUACGUAAUGGUUAAUGGCUGAUGCAACCAGAAAAUGAAAUAAGAGUGGACGGUGAGAUUAAAAAAAAAAAACAAUUAAAGAAUGAGUCAGAUAAGGGAAAAUUAAUUGAAAUCGUAUGAUGAAUUAAACGUAGAAAAUUUAUAUAAGAAAUACGAAACAAAGAGUCUGGAAGAGUUCUCAUAAUUGCUGAUAUAAUUCUCAAAGUAUAUAGUACUGAUUAUUCAUUUUAUUAUAUUGAUUUAUAUUCAUUUUUUAUUUUUAUAUAUUUUUUUUUAUUUUAGCAUUUAUGUGUAGCUAACGUAUACAUUUUUGCUGUUCUUCCGACUCUGCCGAUUUUUUUUUAUUGCAAUGAUUAUUAUAGUGGCACUGAUGUUACAGAGUCAGAAUGCAAUAUUAAAGCUAUUGCAAUAGAUGUUUUUUUGCCAUAAAGUUCAUUUUUUUUUUAAGUGAAGAAAUGUAAAGUACGUAAAUUUCCGAGGAAAUCUAAAAUUCCAUUGAGAGUCGAUUGCCCCCUUUUUUUAUGAGACACGAUCAUUUGAGGGAAUUUCAAAUGAUUGAACAAAUUGAACUCAAUUUAAAAUUGUUAUGGAGUAAAAUAAUGAAUAGUUAUUAGUUAAAGCUCUCUUGGCCAUGAUCGAUGAGAUAAUCGAUUAUUGGCGGACGUUUAAUUAUAAUGAGGAACUGAAGACAAUGGCCCGAGACAAAUGCAACAAAAUCGACCAAUGGAGCAGCUCAAUAUAGCAAAAAAAAAAACGAAACAAGUCGUAUCGAUAGUCAGCAGUUAAAAAAAAAACUCGAAAAAUUUGUUCAUUUGAAGUCAUGAAUUUUGUGAUAUGAAUGAAAGCGAAGUUACGAUACGAUUUAAACAAAAAACGACUGUAUUAUUAACCAAUUGCAUGCGUCAUAUUCUAAUCGAUUCGAAAUUUAUUGAGUAGUUUUAGCGAAUUUAAACGGAAAUGAGACACGAAUGACGUCAUUAAAGUACAAUAAUCAUUUUUUCAAUAGAUUUAAAUGAGAAAAGCAGACAGGAGAAUUGAAUCUGGGGUGAAGUGAAAUAAAAGGGAGAGCUUUUAUUUUAUUUCAUCUCGUCUCCAUGCAGAAACGCUUUCGAUGUUUUUGACACCAGUCUUGCAUUUGUAAUGACAGAAUUUUUUACACUUUUUUUUUUUUACUUUUGGUCCAGCCUAUCAACGCCAUUCCUGUUAGUGGUAGAUUUUUUUAAUAUUGUAUGAUAUUCUUUUUACUAAACGAUAUAUUCGAUAAGGCGAAAUAUAAAGAUACGAAUCCUUUUUUACUGAAUUUUUUACAACUAUCAUUUACAACUGAAGGCAUUUAUCAUUAUCGUAUGCAUUGCUCGUAUCAAUGGCGACUAAAAAAAGCAUUGGUUUAUCUUUUUUUGUGCAUUCUCGUCGUAACUUGCACAUGUAAUUUUCAUCAACAUUGUUCAUGUCAAUUAUUUCAUUUUAUUCUCGUAAUUUCUCCUUCAUUUUUAAAAAAUCUGUAAUUAGUUACUUUAUUAUCGAUAUUUUAUAUUAGAGAAGUGGACGGAUUGACGUCCAAAAUAAUUACCAUGACAUGUCUUUCUGAUAGAGAACGAUUAUUAUUUACUUUUAUGUUUGCUCUCUUUCUCUUGGAUAAGUGGCAGCUGAACUCACUUGUACGCCUAUUAAAUAUUUCUGUUGUUUUAUUAUUGGACUGAAGAUUUGAUUUUUUAAUGAUGAUACGGCUAAUUGAAUGAACGAACUGUAUUCUGUAUUAGGAAAUGAACGGAGGAAUGGAAAACGAAUUGAAAGCACAUGCAAAAUAGUUUAUGAAUAGUAUACAGUGCAUAUUAAAGUAAUUCAAUGUGAGUUAUAAGAUAUUUCGGUUACUCAGUGCUAUACAUUUCACUGUCAUUAUUACACCACCAUUAAUUGUAUCAUGCGAGAAAAAUAAAAUGUGUUUAUAAAUAAAAA